CGCCUGCGCACACCUCCUCUUCUUUUUCUCCGCAUCUGAGAGGAGCAUCCUCCUCUCUCUCUCUCUUUCCAUCCCUGUCCUCCUCCGCCUCCUCCAUCCUCUCUCUCUUUCGCUCCCCCUCUCUCUCUGGUUGUCCUCAGAAUGAGGUUAGCAGCAGCGCUAGCAGAGCAGAGUUACCGCAGCAGGCUGUGGUUAUACCGUCCUUGCCACGAACGCUCCGUCCUUCACCUUCUGUCCUCUCUGGACUAACCGCCCUCCCUCUCCUCUUUCUCCCCCGCUCUAUCUCCUUGUGCAGCAGUGAUGGGGAGGACCACCAUGUAGAGGAGGCAGCAAUGGGAAGCCACGCAUGGAGCAGGUCUGGACUGCAGCCGUGGUGAGCCUGAGUCCCUCAUCCUCCUCUUCAAAAAGGACCGGUGUGACCUUCUCAGGACCUGACCACUGGGGCCGUCCGACGCUCACCUGGAUGCUCCCUGCAGUCUCAUCGUCGCCCCCCUCCCCUUCUGUCCUCCUCUCCUCAGUGUUGGAUUUUGCCCCCUUUUUUUAAUAUCUAUAUUUAAGCGUCAUUUUUCUUUAUUAUUUUUUGGGGUGCCAACUUUGGAGACAGAGUCUGUCCUCAUAGCAAUAACAACUGUGAACGGACUGAGCGGCGAGCAUCAUGGGGGACAUGUCCAAUAGUGAUUUCUACGCCAAGAACCAAAGAAAUGAGGGCAACCACGCGGCGGGCUUCGGCUGCUCCCUCAUGGAGCUGCGCUCUCUCAUGGAGAUGCGCGGCACCGAGGCGGUGGUCAAGCUCCAGGAGGACUACGGGGGUGUCGAGGGACUGUGCACACGACUGAAAACCUCACCCACGGAAGGCCUGGCAGGUGUCCAAGGUGACCUGGACAAGAGGAAAGAAAUAUUUGGGAAAAACCUGAUACCUCCAAAGAAGCCAAAAACCUUCCUGCAGCUGGUAUGGGAGGCCCUGCAGGACGUCACCCUCAUCAUCCUGGAGGUGGCUGCCCUCGUUUCCCUGGGUCUCUCCUUCUACCACCCGCCUGGAGAGAGCAGCGGAGAGUCUUGCGGCUCGGCGAAGGGUGCCGUGGAAGGCGAGGGCGAGGCGGAGGCGGGCUGGAUCGAAGGUGCCGCCAUCCUCCUCUCUGUGGUGUGCGUGGUGCUGGUGACCGCCUUCAAUGACUGGUCCAAAGAGAAGCAGUUCCGUGGGCUGCAGAGCCGCAUCGAACAGGAGCAGAAGUUCCAGGUGGUGCGUGGCAGCCAAGUCAUCCAGUUGCCCGUGGCGGACAUACUGGUGGGGGACAUCGCACAAAUCAAAUAUGGUGAUCUGCUUCCUGCUGACGGAGUCCUGAUUCAGGGCAAUGACCUCAAGAUUGACGAGUCGUCGCUGACUGGAGAGUCUGAUCACGUGAAGAAGUCUGCGGACAAGGACCCCAUGUUGCUGUCUGGGACCCAUGUGAUGGAGGGGUCGGGGCGCAUGGUGGUGACCGCAGUGGGCGUCAACUCUCAGACUGGAAUCAUCUUCACGUUGUUGGGGGCCGGCGUCGAGGAGGAGGAGAAGAAAGAAAAGAAAGGAGGCGCACUGGAAGACGGACACCAGAACACAGACUGCUCGCACCCCCCCAUCCACCCCAUCGCCACUAUAGCCACGGAUGGGGCAGCAGGCUUUAACGCCCCUGGCGGUGCCAACCUCAUUAAUGGUAAAAUGCAAGAUGGCAAUAUGGAGAGCAACCAGAUUAAAGUGAAGAAGCAGGACGGCGCCGCCGCCAUGGAGAUGCAGCCUCUGAAGAGCGCGGAGGGAGGAGAGGAGGAGAAAGAGAGAAAGAAGGUGUCCAUCCCGAAGAAGGAGAAGUCUGUGCUGCAGGGGAAGCUCACCAAGCUGGCUGUUCAGAUCGGCAAAGCAGGGUUGCUCAUGUCGGCCAUCACGGUCAUCAUCCUGGUCUUGUACUUCGUCAUUGAUGCCUUCAUCGUCCAGAAGCGUCCUUGGCUACCCGAGUGCACUCCCAUCUACAUCCAGUACUUUGUCAAGUUCUUCAUCAUCGGUGUCACCGUGCUGGUGGUGGCCGUGCCUGAGGGUUUACCACUGGCUGUCACCAUCUCCCUGGCCUACUCCGUCAAGAAAAUGAUGAAAGACAACAACUUGGUUCGCCACCUGGAUGCAUGCGAAACGAUGGGCAAUGCCACCGCCAUCUGCUCAGACAAGACGGGCACGCUCACCACCAACCGCAUGACAGCCGUGCAGUGUUAUGUUGCAGACGUGCACUACAAGGAGAUCCCCGAGCCGGGGGUCCUACCGCCUAAAUCACUGGACCUGCUCGUCAACUCCAUCUCCAUCAACAGCGCCUACACCUCGAAGAUACUGCCGCCAGAUAAGGAAUGCGGUCUGCCAAAACAGGUCGGCAACAAGACGGAGUGCGGCCUGCUGGGAUUGGUGUUGGACCUGAAGCGAGAUUAUCAGCCAAUAAGGAACCAGAUCCCGGAGGAGAAGCUCUACAAAGUGUACACUUUCAACUCCGUCAGGAAAUCCAUGAGCACCGUCGUCAAACUACCCGACGGGAGCUUCCGCAUGUACAGCAAGGGAGCGUCAGAGAUUGUUCUCAAAAAAUGCAACCACAUCCUGAACGAGGUGGGUGAGCCCAGGCUUUUCCGUCCCCGGGACAAGGAUGAGAUGGUGAAGAAGGUGAUCGAACCCAUGGCCUGCGACGGUUUGAGGACCAUCUGUGUGGCAUACCGCGACUUCCCCAGCGACCCCGAGCCAAUCUGGGAUGACGAAAACAACAUCCUCAGCGACCUCACUGCCAUUUCCAUCGUCGGGAUUGAAGACCCUGUCCGGCCCGAGGUGCCAGACGCCAUUAUGAAGUGCCAGCGUGCGGGCAUCACCGUGCGAAUGGUGACCGGGGACAACAUAAACACGGCGAGGGCCAUUGCCAUCAAAUGUGGCAUCAUCCAUCCCGGGGAGGACUUCCUGUGCAUCGACGGGAAAGAAUUCAACAGGAGGAUCCGCAAUGAGAAAGGAGAGGUGGAACAGGAACGUAUUGAUAAAGUUUGGCCAAAACUUCGCGUCUUAGCCAGAUCGUCCCCAACAGACAAACAUACACUGGUCAAAGGCAUUAUUGACAGCACGAUGGUAGAGCAGAGACAAGUGGUUGCUGUGACAGGCGAUGGCACCAAUGAUGGGCCGGCCCUGAAGAAAGCUGAUGUGGGCUUUGCCAUGGGUAUCGCAGGUACUGAUGUGGCCAAGGAGGCUUCGGACAUCAUCCUUACUGAUGACAACUUCAGCAGCAUCGUCAAAGCGGUGAUGUGGGGCCGCAACGUCUACGAUAGCAUAUCCAAGUUCCUUCAGUUCCAGCUCACCGUCAACGUCGUUGCCGUCAUUGUGGCAUUCACCGGCGCGUGUGUCACACAGGAUUCCCCGCUGAAGGCGGUGCAGAUGUUAUGGGUCAACCUGAUCAUGGACACGUUCGCCUCCCUGGCUCUGGCCACUGAGCCUCCGACAGAGGCUUUGCUCAAGAGGAGGCCUUACGGACGCAACAAGCCUCUCAUCUCCAGCACCAUGACCAAGAACAUUCUGGGUCAUGCAGUCUAUCAGCUCAUCAUCAUCUUCAUUCUUCUCUUCAUCGGUGAGAAGAUCUUUGAUAUUGAUAGCGGCCGCAAUGCGCCACUCCACGCACCUCCAUCGGAGCACUACACCGUCAUCUUCAACGCCUUUGUCAUGAUGCAGCUCUUUAAUGAGAUCAAUGCCCGUAAGAUACACGGAGAGCGAAACGUCUUUGAGGGCAUCUUUAAGAACCCCAUCUUCUGCACCAUUGUUUUGGGAACUUUCGGCGUACAGAUAAUCAUUGUUCAGUUUGGAGGGAAACCAUUCAGUUGCCAACCUCUGGAUAUAGAGAAGUGGAUGUGGUGUGUUUUUCUUGGCAUGGGGGAGCUCCUCUGGGGGCAGGUGAUGGCGACAAUACCCAACAGCAAGCUGCGCUUCCUGCGGAGGGCGGGCCAGCUCAGCCAAAAAGAUGAGUUACCUGAGGAGGACCUCAAUGAAGAAAACGAGGAGAUCGAUCACGCUGAAAGGGAGCUCAGGAGAGGGCAGAUUCUCUGGUUCCGGGGACUCAAUCGCAUUCAGACUCAGAUCGAAGUAGUGAACACCUUCAAGAGUGGCACCUCCUUUCAGGGGGCAGGAGCUCUGAGACGCCAGUCGUCCACCACCAGCCAGAACCAGGAUAUCCGCGUCGUGAAUGCAUUCCGCAGCUCCCUCUAUGAAGGCCUGGAGAAGCCCGACUCCAGAACAUCCAUCCACAACUUCAUGACCCAGCCCGAGUUUAGGAUAGAGGACUCCACGCCCAGCAUCCCGCUCAUCGAUGACACGGACGACGACUCGGCUCGCCGGAGGAGGAAAUACUCCAGCCAGCCGUCGUCGCCCAACAAGAACAACAACGCCAUCGACAGUGGCAUCAACCUGACCAUCGACACCAGUAAAUCGGCGGCGUCCUCCAGCCCCGCCAGCCCUUUGCACAGCUUGGAGACCAGCCUCUAACCUCCUCAUUUGACCUUUGAACUGGAACCUCAACGCUCCUACCCGCCGCUCCUCCAUUUGGAAGUGACAUACAAUCAAGAAUAGAGAAAAAGCCACAGCCGACUUGUGGUUGCUUUGGAGGAGGAGGAGGCGGCGGCGUGUGCGUGCUAGCAUGCACCGCACAAACUGAUGACGGCAAGGAGGAAGAGGAAGGACACGUUCUCCUCUCUCCUCAUCCACACUGAUAGAAGUAAAAGAAACCUUGUUAUUAUAUUCAGAUUAUUAUUGUUAUAUUAUUAUUGUCCCUCCUGCAUGAAUGUACAUUUACCCACAUUUUAUUUAAAAAGGGUUUUUUCCAUUUGGAUUAUUUUCUUGUGGCGAGCAGCGGACUCAAGACUUAAAGCUCUUCUUCUUCUUCUUCUUCUUCUUCUUAUUAUUCUGUGUGGCAUGAUCCAAAAACAUUUGAGUCAUGUGAUGAGGUGCCAGGGCUCAACUUGCACAGCAGCUUUGCACCCCCCUCCAUCCCCCCUCAUUCCAAAACACACAAAAAAGAGGAACGCAAAAACAAUAAAACAACGGCGGCGACACAGCAGCAUUUAGAGGAUAUACUAGUAUUCUAUAAAUAUGGAUAUUCUAUAAAUAUAUUUAGAGAGAGUUUAUCUUUGUUUGUCGGCAUGUUGCCUUGUUCCUGCUUCGAAUGGCUCGGAAAAUAACUUUUUGGACUUAUUUAUGUCUUCAAGAGAAUGUAAUUUGUUUACAGCAAACUUAGAAAUAUAUUUCCUGGUUCAGAGAAGAAGGGAAGACGACGCUCAUGCGACAUCUUGUUACUGAGGAGGAUACACGAUAACAACACAUACACAAAAAAAACAGAAAAUAGAUUUAACAACAAAAAAAAAGUGCUGGAAUUUGCCUGCUAUCUUGUGACAUAUUGUAGAUAUUUUUUUGAGGAUUAACAAACAAAAAGAAACCAAACUAGUCAAUGUGGAAUCUUAGUAUUAUUGUUUAUGAUGAUUGUUAGGAUGGAGUUGAGGGGGCUCGCCUUUGUUUUGGGUUUUUUUUUUUAUUUAAAAAAUGGGGCAGAUGGGGACUAAUUCUUUCAUUUGUUUUAGUUUUCACAUUAUGUCUUCUAUACUCCCGCUGGCAAAAUAUAUUACAUAUUUUCAUCAGAUACAAAUUACUAUCUUUUUAAAAUCUGGGAUUUAUUAUUGAUUAAUUCAGUGCACUAAUUAUGGUCACGCACACAGUUUGUUUUUUUUGGUCUAAAAAAUAGGAAUUGUGGCAUUGUGGCAUUCAAUAUUUAGUCUUUCUUUCCUUUGACAUGUUUAAAAUGAACGUCUAGAAUUGAUAUGAAUAAAUUGAUGUCAUAUCUUCAAAAUGCAGAAAUAAAAAAAAGUCAGAUUUUUUUUCCUCCGACAAAGAAAAAAACACACACACACAAGACGUGUGUUUUCCUAAAAAAAAAAAAAAAAAAAAAAGUAUCCUUCCCUAUUUUCUCACCUUCUCUCCCUUGGGUAUUUUGCUAUUUUGUCAAUUUUUUUUCACUCCUUGGGACAUACUCCUAAAUCAAUACAUAUAUACACCUUACACAACAGAUUUUUAGAUUUAAAAAAUUAUUAAUAUUAUUUUAUAUACAUUAAUAUAAUAUUAAUAUAAUAUUUUAUUUUUAGAUUAAUCACAGUCAUUUUCCUCGGGAAGAGAGAGCACACACACAUAAUUUGGUUAUUUUGUAAUAUUUAUUUUUCUCUCUUUUUUCCACAUCUUUAUUAAAUAUAUUUAUUUUCUAUCAUUUUAUUUAAUAUAAAUGUUUUGUUUCAAAUGAACUUCCUGGGGUCAAAUUAGCAAAUAUAUUUAUAAAUAAUUAUAAAUUAUAUAUUCAUCUCACAUAAAAUAAAAUUGAAAGGGAGGGAUACACACACACACAUACACACACACAAAAUGUUUGAGGCCAUUUGAAACAUAAAAAAAGGAAAACAAGCCCCACACAUAAAUGGAAUGUUGCUUUGCCUCUUUUUUCUAUAUAUACAGUAUAUAUACAUAUAAUUCUAUAAAUAUAGCUCUAAAAAAAGACUCUUUUCUGCACUAUUUGGUUAUGAAUGCCAACUUACGUGGUGUAAAAUCUCGAUGUGCUUUUGUGUGUUUUAACAGAGGUUGUCUUCCUGCCGUCACACCGACAUAAAUCCAGUACUCUAACAUCUGGGCUGUACUUGCUAGUUGUCAUAUUUAUUGUGCUGUAUUCAGCAAGCAGGAAAGCGUGGCACUCAGAUGGAAAAGGCCACUUGAACUAGCCUUGUUGUUUGGACCACUAACUCGCUGGCAUCUCCUUGGCUCAUUAUGCAAUCUGGACAAUUGACCCCCCCCCCCCCCCCUCUUUUUUUUUUUUACUAAAUAAACACACAGCACUAUUAUUUUAAUCAUCUACAGCAUCUCUUUCACUUGGAUAUGCUCGUUUUUAUGUGGUCCAGUUUGGCGAGGGUGCACAAUCAUUCCCGGUCUCCUCAGGCCUGCAGAAGGAAUACUAUAAGCAAAAUUCAGUUAAUAAUUCAUAUUUGAGUUGAUGCUUUUAAUAUUCUGUUCAUUUAUUCAAUUAUUUGUGUGUAAAGCUCAUUGAUUCAUCGUCAGCAUCCAACAUUCUCCACAUUUAGUGCAGUGGAACCUAAAAGUGGAUGCUGGUUGACUUCCACGUUGUCAGCUAUAGCUGUAUUGUUCUAAGUCACAUUCUUAAGAAGUUCAAUAAAAGUAAAAAAAAAGCAAAACUACCGUAAAUGCUGUAAUUAUAACCAAGGGACUUAUUUAUCUAAACAUGGCCUGUAUUUUUAUUACUGUAAUUCCUAGCCACUUCACGCUUCAAAUUCUGUUCUUUCACUCUUAUCACUCCCGAAACUUAUGGUAUAUUGAUUAGUAAAUCAUCUCUGCAACCUAAAAUGGAACAUCUUCAAGCAUAAAUAUGGCACAAACUAGAUUUGAUUGCCAGAACAACAGGCUUUUAUUGCAGGUUUGAAUUAUCUCAACAAUAGGCACAAAAAUAGCUAACACAGAGUACAGCUACUUUCUGUUUUUAUAUCUAUCUAUAUAUAUGGGGAUUAUGAGUGUAAAAGUGACUGUAUGGAUGUUGUGUCAUGUCUAGAGGGCACUAAUAAUACUCAAACCUGUAUUUCAACAGGUUUUCUAUGCACUAAAGAUGAAAAUAUUCAAUUUUGAAAUUCACUCAUUAUGGUCAGGUCUGGGACCAAUUAACCAUGAUAAAGUCGUAAUUACUGUAUGUAUAACAAUAUAUAUAUUUUUAAACUUUAAUAAUGAUAUGGAGUGUAUGAAAAAGUGCAAAGCAAAACAAGAACCAAUGUUGUAAUACUAGUAUGGCAAGUGUAACACACACGACAGCUGAGUAGUGUGACAGAUACAUUAAAGCGCAUGCAGAGGUAGCUCAAGCUGCUAGAUGCUCACCAUAAUACUUGUGGAGUUAGUAAAAACUACAUAUGGAGAAGUCAGUCUCUUCUCCCGUUGUCAUGGUCACUAAAAAUAUAGGUGCAGAUUCUGGAAGAUCUAGAAUGCUUUCUGUGCUGGUUAUUGUGUGUAGCUGCUCUACAGGAGUGGAACUGAGGUUCCAGUUCAACUCAAUACAAAGGGAAAGAAAAUGAACAUAAUAGGUCCCCAUGUUGCCGGGUAGGUUUCCAAACGUCAUUGGAUACUUUGAUAUGAUUCAACUUUUAAUUUUCGUCGGAAUCUGUAUUUAUAUAGGGAAUAUUUUUGCAGUUAGAGUACAGAAAACCUGUUUGCCAUCUUCUAAAUAUGCUUUUGAAUAUUAUUAGAGCCCUCUAGACAUGUAAUAACACCCCUAUAGUCACCUUGAUGCGCUUAUAACCCAAUAUAGUAGACAUAAGAAUAAAAUGUAAGCCAUUUAAGACAUAAAUAAGACAUGUGCUCGUGUGUGUUGCUGUAAAUGGGUUCUGGUGCUAAGGAAGAUGAGUGGCAAGCGGACAGGAAAUGGGGGAUCUGAGUUGAGUUUUAUCUUGGUGUCGGCCACAACAGUAGCCUUUGUAAUGGAUUAUUGUGUCUAUUGUGAGAUUAUUCAAAUCUGCAGUAAAAGCCUGUUGUUCCGGCAAUCAGGACUGGUGCUUGUGUGUCUCACAAUAUAGACUCAAAUGUAGUAAGCUUUGUUCUUAUUUAAUUCUUGUUCGGCACAGUACUUCCUGUGAUGACGAUUGUCUCAUUACUGUCACAUGGUGACCAUCACUACGUCUUUGAAUGCAUCUUCUGAAUGCCUUUAUAUUUGUAUUGUAGUUAAUUUAGCCAUUUUUAUGGUUGAAAAUGAUUCAUUUAUGCAAAAAAAGUCAGCUUAAAUAUGCAUACUUUUUUUUUUUUUACUAAUUGGCCGUAUUCAACCAUGCAACCGCAAUGAUUUAUGAAUCUAUUUUUGGAAAAACAAGAAGCCAUAAAAGUGGCCAGGGACGACUGUAAUGUAAUGUAAUCACACAACUAGUUCAUAUUCAUAUGAUGCUUUAUAUCUCAUGCUGCUAAUGAACAAGGUGUCCAAUGUUUUUUUCAAUGAGGGCCAAAUACUGAUACAUGAAAGGAUGCAUGGGCUGUUGUAAUAAUAUUAGGACUUUAUUCCCACAAUAUGAACUUUUUCCCCAUCCCAAUUUUCCAAAAAUUACAUUACUUGCAUUUUUUGUGUUUGCUUUAAUAUUAUUACUUAAUAUUAUGCUACUAAAUUAUUUUUUCUGAUUCUCGUAAAAUUGUGAAAUUUUUUUCUCAUUAGAAUACAACUUUUUUUUAAUAUUUUGACAUCAUUCUUGUGAAAUUAUUGUUUGAUGUUUUUUUUUUUUUAUUUGUGCUGAUUUCCCCCAAUUAUUUCAACUUUCUUCUGGUAAAUUGUCUUCACAUAAUAUUAUGUGAUAAUAUAAAAAAUAUAUAUAUUCUUUAUUCCCAUAAUAUAUUGUUUUUCCCCAACCUAAUUUCCAAACAUUACAACUUUAUUUUUUGUCUCUUCCUCAGAAUAUUAUAACAUUUUAAAAAUACAUUUCUUUCCUUAAAUACGAUUACUGUAUUGAGUUUUCUGCCUGUAAUUAAUAAGUCCAUAUGUGGAUACUACAAAAAUUAUGUUUUCUCCUAAAAUUGUGACUUUUUCGCUUAAUAUUUUCACUUAGUUCAUUUUAGCAAUCUUAUAUAUUCUUAGAACGUGCCAUGCGUUAAUAUUAAACAGUUCAAUAAUGAGUGCAGUACUGCCACCUAGUGUCCAAUAAUAUUUAUAUAUUUCUACAAUCUGCGGCAAAAAAAAAUUCAAAAAAUGGCCCGUGCGCCGGAGUUUGACCACCACAACUUGUUUUUUGUCCCUCAAAAUUGUACCACUUUUUAAGGUUCCACUGUCACAUUAUGUAAAUACAAGCAAAGAGUCUCCUGACCUGGUGACACAAUCAUGUGAUUGCAUCCCCAGCAUAUUUUAAUGGUAAGCCCCCACGCCACUGAUGAUGAUGAUGAUGAUGAUGACAUGAAUUGUUGUAUAUUUUCUCACCUGCCUGGAUGUACUGUAUUUAGCAGCAUGCCGUUUGUGGAAGCAAGAAAAAGAGACAUGCCUACAAGCUAACAACCUUUUGGCACACUUAGCCGUUUAUUGGGUAAGUGAUUUAUUUAUCUUGUUUUUAAUGAUUUUUUUUUAAUCUCUAAAAUAAUAAUAAUUGUAAAUAAAGAACUCAAUGUCUUUGUUCAUUUAAUACUAUGCAAAAAGUCAUGCUUUUUAUUUUCUGAUUGUCACCCCUCCUGAUGAAGCCCUAUAUAGAGUGUGUUGCUGGAAUGUUUGUGCUCUCAAAAAAAAAAACAAAAAAAAAACAUCCAAAUCACUUACAUGAUGUGAUGUAAACGACUUUUCUAGCUUGAGGAAAUAAUUCUGAUACAAGAGGGAGGAUGCUCAUGAUGAUGAUGAUGAUAAUCACCUGUGACUCUUGCUGCUUGAUUGUCCCGCUCAACACAUUCCUGACAAAGAGCGCAAGUGCAAGUAGAAAAAAAGAGAAAAACACAAUAAAAAAAAUAUAUGAAAAAUCUUUCCAAUAAAAUGUCCCAGAGCAGCAUGACCCAGCAUGGUGUGUCCUGGCCCCGUGUCACAUGUCCCCGUCUCGUUCUGUCUACAUCUAGCGUGUUGCUCUUUUUAGAUAUGACCCUCAAAAUGACAUUUGGGACUCCAUAGGCAGAUUAUUCAUGUGAAGAAUGCUAACUAUAAGGCCAACUACGAAUACUUACAAACAUGCAUGUCAAAUAAUAGUUAAUUUGCUCCAAUCAGCUUUUGACCCCACUCCAUAUACGUGAUUUUAUAAUUUUUUUUAAUAAUUUGGGGGUGUGUUUGCUUCCCCUUGCAGAUUGACAGGCUGGUUUUCUUUUGAAGAGGGAUUAAAACAAACCUAAAUGAGACAACUUUGCUUAUUAUUAUUAAUGAUUUCAUUAUUUAUUUAUUGUCAUUCAAAGGUCAAAAUAAAUCUCCUAAAAAUACAUUCCCAGCUUGUGAAGUGCAAGCCAGGGCAACAGGGGGCGAAAUAGCAUUUAACUGUUUAGCGCAAUCAGCAUUCUAAAGCGUAUGCAAGCGUAUACACUUCUUAUGGAGUCAGCUACAGAAAAAAAUAAAAACAUAAACGGGAGGUUGCCUACAGCCACAGUAGUUCAUGCCAACCUUUUCAACCUGGUGGUCAUUAAGAACCCUAGCAGUGAUUUGCAUUUGUAGACCAUGACUGAACCACAACUGAAAGGACUUAUAUCGAGUUUUUCAUUGGAAUGUUUAUUCCAUUAUUAACAAAAACAAAUCACAGUGCAUCUUAAAAAGGAACUGCACUUUUUGGAGGGACUUUUGCCCAUCAUUCACAAUCCUGAUGUGAAACAUGAACACAUAUUUCUUUACCUUUUCUGUGCAUUGUAACGCAAGAAAGUGAGUUAGUAUGAGCUAGCUAACAAC